AUGAGGAGGUUAAGAGGGAUCAAAAUUAGAAGACGGUUUCAAAUAAUCUCAAGAUGGAUCUUCCGGAAAGCCCGAAUCAACCGUUCGAGAUACACCCGGUUAAGCCAGAACCGACCGGUUUGUUGUAAGCCAAGAGCCAUCACGAAACUCAUAAGCUGGGGUCGUAGUCUAACAUCACACAGCGCAAGACUUCUCGGGUCAAAAAGAUCAAAUUCCGGGUACGUACCAAUUGGUCAAGAUCCGAUUCGAGAUAAACCAAACCCGGUUCCGAAAGGUCACUCGGCGGUUUACGUCGGUAAAAAAGACGGCGACUUUCAUAGAGUUUUGGUGCCUAUCGUUUACUUUAACCAUCCUCUGUUCGGUGAGCUUCUUAGAGAAGCAGAAAAAGAGUUUGGGUUUUGUCAAGAAGGUGGAAUCACUAUACCUUGUCCUUAUUCGGAUUUUAAAAGGGUCCAAACCCGAAUCGAAUCCGGGUCGGGUUUUGGUAAGCUUCCUUGGUGCCGGCGCCGGCAAUAA